CUGUCCACGUUUCGUCUUGGCGCUUUCCCUGAGAAGACGCGGCUGAGGCGUCCCGCGGGGACCCCACGUGCGCGCCUCACCAGAGGAAGAGAGGCGCCGGCAGCGGAGGGAUGACCAUGUGUUUUUCGCAAGCGUGCCAGUAGCCGCUGCCGCCGCUGGGUCCCGGGGCGGUCUGCCCGCGGAGGCAGCCGGGGCUGUGGGGAGUCUCCCCGCUGUAUUUUGCCGCAUCGCCUCGCCUCCCGGGAACCCUUGGAAGCGGCUAUGCUGUGGAGUCGCCUGGGCUCUGUUGCAAGCGGCACUCCUGGACCCUCUGGGUGCUGCGCCCCUCCUCCAUGAGUACCUCGCCGGCCACGGCACCAGCAGCCGCCCCGAAGAGGGUCGCGCCGCCCGGGGCUCCUGAGCGCGGGGCUUUGGCCAUGGGCCCCCCCGGGAAGGGCGCUGGGGAACUCCUGGCGCCCCUGGUUCCGCGGCGCGCCGAGAGCGCAGCUCCGCCCGCUUCUCGCCCGGUGACUCCCGCGGGGAAGCCCGCCGCUGCCCUCCACCCGGCGGGCACCAGAGUUCCUCUCCGCCUCGCCCCUGCCCUCUGCCAGCAGCCCCGAGCGGGGUCGUCCUUGUCGUCGUCGUCCGUGCAGACUUUGGUGGCCAAAGCAGCUCCCGCCCCUCCCGCCCACCAGCUCCGCAGAACUUCCAGCGCGGGUCCGAGGCUGCCCUCCUGCCAGGCAGUGGCGUCUAAAGCGCCGACGACGACCAUCCAGUUGCCUGCUAACUUCCAGAUCCCACAAGGGACAGUCCUUAUCAGAAGUAACACUGGUCAGCUGAUGUUAGUGGCUCAGCAAGCACUAAUGCAAGCCCAAAACCAGACCCCAAAUAACACAGGUAUAAGAUGGUCCACACCUGCUAAUUCACCUGCAGUCAAAAUACAGACUCCACAGGUAAACUCUGAAACUCAGGUACUGAAAGUACUAGCAGCUCCUGUUAAAACAGUGUCUCGGACAACUCAUUCCAUCACCUCUACUAUAAAGAAGGCAGCUGUGAUUCAGUCUGUAGCAUCAACAGAUAGUAAUAGCAUGAUAAUGACUGCAAAGUCUUUGAUCACUGGGCCAUCUGCAAAGCCUCCUGCUUUUGAUUCUCCUGCACUGUCUGUUGCUCCCAAGCCUCUUCCUGACACAGAAGCUGUGAUAGUAGGACAAAGUAGCUCUUCUGUGGAAGUGCUGGAAAAUGUCAAAAAGUGCAAAAACUUUCUAGCAACGCUUAUAAAACUGGCAUCCAGUGGACCUCAAGCAUCUGAAAUGGGACAGAAUGUGAAGAACCUGGUACAAAGUCUGUUGGUAAAAGUUCAGCUGCAAGAAGCAAAAAUUGAACCAGAGGAAUUCACCAAAGAGCUGUACAUUGAGCUGAAGUCUUCCCCGCAGCCAUAUCUUGUUCCCUUCCUCAAGAAAAGUCUGGUGGCCUUACGGCAGCUAAUGCCCAACCCACAGACUUUCAUACAGCAGUGUUUCCAUCAAUCUGUGCCACAAACAGCAGCUUCUCCUAGUAUUACUGCUCAAUCAACUGCUUCUACAGUCACUGACAGUAUUCCAGUGACUGCAACCUCCUUUCAAUCUGUAAGACCAGUCCCUAGGAUAAAUCCAACAGAGACCACCUCUUCACAGACAUCAUGCCCAAUUUCCUGCACAUCUUUGGUGACAAGGGGAUCUGCUUCUCUUCAGCUUACUCAGACAACUCAUGCCUUGCCUGUAGGGACAGUAUCCCUGCAAGACACCAGUCCUGCUGCUUCUGCUCCACUGGCACCAACAAUAAAUACUGUGAAUGUUGUGCAGCCAACCUCCUCCUCCACUACUACAGCACAGACAACAGGAAAUGCUUCUCUUCAGAUUGUAAAACCAGUUACUGUCCCUGUCAUGUCUUCAGCUGCACUUGCUGCUCUUAGUUCUAUAAAGUCAGUCUCCUCGCCUGUCAUGGCAACAGCUGUUCAAACUGUGAAGUCAGCCUUGAGAACUUCUGCAACAACCUCUGCUACGGUGGCAACCAUUUCUCUCCCUUCAGGAAAUUCAGUUGCUGGGAAGCCAAUCAUGAUCAGGGUUGCUCAUCCCACUUCCGUCCUUUCCCAGUCUGUCCAGACUCCACAGGCUGUAAAAGUAAAGCAGCUGAUAGUCCAGAAGCCAUCAGAAAAGAUCUUAAGGAAAAUGACCUCAAUUCAGCAGGUGUCAGCAUGCCCUUCUGUGGAUAAAUCAGGCUCCCUUGUGAAACAAAUUACCCUGCCAGGAAACAAAAUUCUGUCGCUUCAAGCAUCUCCUGUUCAGAGGAAGAAAAUAAGAGAGAACGGAACAACAUCCUUCAGGGAUGAAGAUGACAUCAAUGAUGUGACUUCCAUGGCUGGAGUCAACUUGAGUGAAGAGAAUGCAUGCAUAUUAAGAACAAAUUCUGUGACAGUUGGCACAAUUAUCCGGUCUUGCCCUGAGGAACUUCUUCUUUCUUCAGAUGCACUGCAGAAGAAGAUCAUAGAAAUAGGUAAAAGGCAUGACAUUACGGAAGUUAAUUCUGAUGUUCUGAACUUGAUCUCCCAUGCUACACAGGAGAGAUUAAGAGGGCUUCUAGAGAAACUGACUGUAAUUGCUCAGCACCGUAUGAUGGCCUAUAAGGGGAGUGAUAAGUACACAAUCUCUAGUGAUACACGGGCUCAGCUUCGGUUUCUAGAGCAGCUGGAUCACAUAGAGAAGCAGAGGAAAGAUGAAGAAGAAAGAGAGAUGUUACUCCGAGCAGCCAAGAGCCGUUCCAAUAAAGAAGAUCCGGAACAGCUGCGAUUAAAGCAGAAAGCAAAAGAGAUGCAGCAGUUAGAGUUUGCACAAAUGCAACAAAGGGAAGCUAAUCGUGCAGCUCUGGCAGCUAUUGGGCCAAGAAGGAAGAGGCCACUGGAGUCAUUGAACUUUUCACCUGGGCUUGAGGGCUUGAAUGGAUUGCCCAGCUUUGCAAGGCCGUGUCUUCGUCCAAGGAUAACACGUGUCUGUCUCAGGGACUUGAUCUUUUGUAUGGAACAGGAAAGAGAACUGAAGCAUUCCUUAGCCUUGUAUCAAGCUCUCCUGAAGUAAUGGUGAGACUUCUUUUGUAUUUCAGCUUGCAACAACUCAUUGCCAAAGAGCACCUUUUUGCACUCUUGUGAUGUCAGUUCUUGGAAAACACUCCAUUAUAAGGAAUAGACUGUUCAGAGGUCACUAAACACACACACACAUGCUGCCUGAAUUCACUAGAGACGGAGGGUUUCAAGGGCGAGUGAAGUUCUGUGCCAAUCAUUUCUAUCAGUGUACCAAUCUGCAAUAUCAUUCUAUGUGUGCCUUCUAAUGCUGCAGAUGGGGAAGAAUGGUAUGAUGAAUGUAUUUAAUCAUAACCUAGCAGACAGUCAGUUUGCUAGUGCAUUGCCUGCAGGAUUCAACCUCUCUUAGAUGGCCUAGUUUUAGAGCUCAAUGCUAUAGCUAGCUGGAAGAAAAGCCAGCUUGGGAGCAAGCCAAAGAAGUGCCAAAGUGAGAUCUAUAAUCUCCUGCCUCCAAACGAAGAUGGAUGAAGGAGGAAGCCCCAGUAGCGCUGUUUCUGUUGCCAGUCCUGCUGGACAGAACUGAAAGCAAGCUGGAGCUGUAAGAGUUGAGAUGGGUAGUCUUGGAGAUGCAGUUGCCUAAAUAACGUAAAUGUAAUCUGGUGGAAAAACUGAACAUAGACAGAUGGGGUCAUUUCAUUUCACUGGAAAAUAACUUCAGAUGCAUUUAAUUUUUGCAUCUCUGUGUGGAUUUUAAAUCAGGGAUGAAUAUGUAAUGGGUAAAAGACACUCUGCUUUAUGGAAAGUGUAAAGGGGGUGUCCUUCCUCGUACAUUGUGAGACUUAGGAAGAAUGUGUUUAAUGGUUAUCAGGGACAUGGUCACUUUUAACAGGUGAUCUGGAAAUGAUUUCAAUAACUGCUGAGCAGAAAAAAAAA